CCGGGCCGUUUUUCGUUUAUUUUCGGUUGGAGGACAGUCGUGCCGUUUCGCACUCGUUUCCUUCCUUGCCGGCCUAGGAUAUAUCAGGGGAACCAUGGCGUGUGGGGCGACGUUGAAACGGUCAAUGGAGUUCGAGGCCCUCCUCAGCCCACAGUCCCCCAAGCGUCGGCGUUGCGCCCCUCUCCCAGGCUCACCGGCCACCCCGACGUCCCAGAGGUGCGGUCUUAGGCCAGAGACGCCGCAAGGCCAGCAAUCCCCAGUUCCGCAGCUGGGAGGAGAACGCAGGCUCACCCCAGAACAAAUCUUUCAGAAUUUAAAGCAAGAAUAUACACGCUAUCAGAGGAGGAGGCAGUUGGAAGGAGCCUUCAAUCAGUCUGAAGCUGGAUCUUCAUGUGAAGGUCAAGCCAGCUGUUCAUCUCUUACUGCGCCAUCUUCUCCAGGUUCAGUGGGGAAGAAGGACCAGCCAACGUUUAGCCUCCGACAAGUGGGAAUCCUGUGUGAGCGUCUUCUGAAGGACCAUGAGGACAAAAUAAGGGAAGAAUAUGAGCAGAUUCUCAACACAAAGCUAGAAGAACAAUAUGAAUCGUUUGUGAAAUUCACGCAAGACCAGAUAAUGCGACGGUACGGGGCAAGGCCUGCAAGCUAUGUCUCUUGAAGCUUCCCUUUGCUGCCUGGGUUGCCAGUUUUGACAGGUUCAUGGCUGCUCUAAGUUGCCACCUGCACGGUGCCACUGUUUUUUCUUUUUAAAUUUUUAACCCCUUUGUUUCAUCAUCAGAAUUUUAAUGUCAUUACUGGCUGCCUUUUCUGAAAAUGCAAAAGAAGAAUAAAAUAAAAUUUACAGUUCCCUACAUGGACUUUUUUUUUUUCCCCUCCCUUAUAUUUUGAUACUGCUCGCUCAAUAAGUGACUGUAAUCUGGCUUUUCAUGUUUGUAUCCAAGAAGGCUUACCAAGUGGCUUCAUAUAAUCGCCUCCUUAAUGGCAUCACAUCCUUCUCAGUGGAGUCAGUUUUUUUUCCUUUUAACCUCUGUGAAUAGUAUAUUAUGGGGAAACAUUUGACUGUUGGAUGCACUACAAUGUUUAUUUUAGCAUCUGAAAAGGAUACACAAAGGACCACGCAGGCCCUAACUGUGGUGUAGUUAGUGAAUAGUGAUUGUACUUUGCUGUAUACUUAACCGCACCCUCACCUUCUUGCUUGUUCUUAAAUGUGUGGAAGACUUUUUUUUUUUUUUUUUCCAUUUCAUUUAAAAAAGUUCCAGGCCGGCACACUUUGAUCAUGUGACACUUGUGCUUUUAAUACCCGCUAGGAAAAGUAUGUUUGCUUAAACAAAAAGAUCUGUUGGCAUGACUUGUUCAUAUUAACUGUAUACAUAUAUUGUUUUUUUUUUAAUUAUUAUUAGCGAGGGUAAUGAGACGAAAAAACCCUCAGUGAUUCAACCUGUACUAGUGCCUACAAUUUCAUUUGAAGUUUAAAGUAUAUUGUUACAUGGGGGGGGGAUGUAGAAGAAUAGACUUGAGUGUUCUAUUGUUAGAAAAGAAAAUGCAUUGUUAAUUUGCACAUGUUGACUGGGUUAAGGGGGUCGCUCUGUAGUACCUUUUUUUUAAUUGCUUUAAAUAAAGUGCAUUAAGGACU